AUGUUCAUUAACACGAUUCUCAUUUUACUUGUUAUCAUAAAUGUUGGAGAUGCUUAUUAUUCACCACAAGGAUUACCACUUAGGUCGAAUACCGCAAACUUUCUCAUCGGUGAUAGGAUAUUUUAUACUGGAGGAGGCGUUUCAACUGAUCUGUUUUACCUUGAACUUGGUCAGGGGCCGUUCAAACUCACGGAUCCACCAUUUUAUCUUAUAAGAACAGAUAUGCCAAACUUAUAUGUAGAGUUUUAUGGAAAUGCUGUAGUAAUUGACCAAACCGCCUUCAUAUUUAUGACAAAUGAUGAUUAUAAUUUUAUCAAAAUCAGUAUUAGCCCAAACCCAGUAUCAUAUGUACGCAUAAAACGUAACGAAACGCAAAAUUCUAACCUUUCUCCCGGCCGAGGAAGACCUCGGACUGUGGUGGAUAAAAAUGGAUUGAUAUACAUGUGGUUUACUCCUGAUAAAUAUUCUAGUAUUGAUAAUGCAGAUGAAAAUUUAUACAUAUUUGAUUCGGUUAAAUAUAGUUGGUCUACAGUCAAGCCUCCAAUGCUCAUUAAAGAACCAAACACAGCUGAUUUAAAUUUGGUUGUUAUUUAUGAUACUGUGAAAGGUUUAUGGUAUAAUCAGUCGACAACGGGAACUAUUGAAUUUGGCUUCGAAUGCAUAGAUAGACAGCUUUAUAAUAACCAAAUAUUGUGCCUCGAUAUGUGGACUAACAAGUUUAAUGUGCUAGAUAUCUCUUCAUUUACUUGGUCCGUACAUAAUAUUUCGGAUCCGUCCAAUAGUGUUACUCCACUCCUUCCCAUUGUGAACCCAGGUGCAAUAAAUGUAUAUAAAGAUUGGAUGAUUUUUACUUUUUGUGCAGCUAGUACAAACGAUCAUCGAUUGAUGCUUGUAAUUAGUUUGACAAAUUAUACCUGGAUUAAUAGUAAUGGCAUAAUACCACUACUCCAAAAUCCAAACGAAUCUCUACCCCCGCAGAAUGAUGGUAAAUUGGCUGGAAAUGAGGAAAGCAAGGCGAAAGCCUUUAAAGUGCUACCGCGCUUCUCUAUCGAAUUUUCGGAAUUCACUCUGAUCCAAAUUUUAGGUUCAAUAACCAGAAUUGAGCCUAUAUUAAGAUCAACGUUUGGAUACCUGAUUCUUGGUUUAAGUAUAAUAAAAGACUUUUAA